CUCUUGCUCCCUCCUCCCUGCUGCCUCCCUCCCCGUUCCUUCCUCCCACGCGUGAGGCUGAAGUUGACGUGUAGGUCCAUGCAUGCGACCAGCGCGUUUUGAACAGAGCCGGUCCCGGCGAUCAGAGAGAUCAGAGCUAGGCGAAGGGAUUAAACAGUAGCAGCAACACCAGAAGUCACAUCGGCAGGGACAACAGCAGGAGCAACAAGAGAAGAAACAACAUCAGCAGCAGCAGAAUUAAAAUAAUCAGCCGCAAGAGCAAAAAGUAGCAACAUCAUCAGUUAAGGCAGCGGCACUAUCAGUGACGGAUUCAUCAUCAGCAGCAAUCUUUGACUCAUCAGCAGUCACUAUUAUCAUAAUCAUAAUUAGCAUAAUCAGCAUCAGCAGAUACAGCGAAUAACCGUAAUUGGCAGCAAUAGCACGAACAGCACCAUCAUCAGCAGCACUAGCAUCAGCAGCAGCACCAGCUUAACCUUUAGCUCCAUCAUAAUCACCGACAGCAGCAUUUACAUCAUCAAUACCAGCACCACCACCUCCGUCAGCACCAGCACCUUUAAUAUCACUAACGAUUUCUCCACCACCAGCUUUAUCAUCCCAAUAAUCAGUACCAUUAGCAGCAGCAGAAUCACCAGCAGUGCCACCACCCUCAUCAUCACAUCAACCAUUACCACCACCACCAGCAACAUCAUCUGCAGGAGCGUCGAGGAGGCAAAGCGAGAUGGGUCAGUCGGCAAGCUCCCCCGCGGGAGGGACCCCUUCGGGUCCCGACGCGACCCCUGCAGGCGGCGGGGUGAAGGAGGCCCUGGUGUCAAUGUGCUCGGGGCGUCCGGCCCCGGGGGAGCGCGCGGGACUCAGGGGGACCCCGCGGGGCCCCGUGCCUCCCCGACCCGCGAGCGAGCAGCUGCCGGGACAGGAGCAGCAACAGCAGCAGCACCUCCACGCCAGCAGCGACGCCGCCCAAGGGAAGACGAUGGAGACUAAGAGCUCACGACCCUCGCAGGGAGUGGCGCCCAGCUUGUGCCCUCACAGUGCCGUGUCUCGCAGGGCGCGCUUCGUGAAUCUGCGAAAUAUAGAGACGGGACACGAGUUCCGAGAUACCCUGCACCUGCAAGGGAAUAAGCCCGUCAGCUGCAUGGGAGGGAUAUGCAAAGGCUCCAUCAUGUCCCCCGAGGAGCUUACGUGCCCCAGCAGGGCCUCCCCCAAACCACGCGCGGAGCUACUGGAGGAGGCGCAGAAAUUCAUCACUCAAUACUACUCCUCCAUCAAACGGCAGGACUCCGAUGCACACACGGAGCGACUGAUGGAGGUGGCACGAGCGGUGGAGGAGAGUGGUACCUAUUCUCUCACAGACACUGAGCUCAUCUACGGGGCCAAGACCGCGUGGCGCAACGCAGCCAGGUGCAUCGGCCGCAUCCAGUGGUCCAAACUGCAGCUGUUUGACGCGAGACACUGCAACACUGCAAGUGACAUGUUCACUUAUAUCUGCAACCACAUCAAGUAUGCAACUAACCGGGGCAAUAUACGCUCUGCCAUCACGGUGUUCCGGCAGCGCAUGGACGGGCAGCACGACUUCCGCGUGUGGAAUUCGCAGCUGAUCAGCUACGCGGGCUACAGGCAGCCCGAUGGCUCCGUCCUGGGGGACCCGGCUUACGUGGAGUUCACAGAGCUGUGUGUGGAGCUGGGCUGGCAGCCCCCCCGUACACGCUUCGACGUGCUGCCCAUGGUGCUGCAGGGGAACGGGGAGCCCGAACUCUUUGUGCUGCCACCUGAGCUGUUGCUGGAGGUGCCCAUCCGACACCCCAAGUAUGACUGGUUUGUGGAUAUGGGUCUACGCUGGUAUGCGGUGCCAGCCGUGGCCAACAUGGCCCUGGAGGUGGGCGGCCUGGAGUUCACCGCGUGUCCCUUUAACGGCUGGUACAUGGGCACCGAGAUCGGGCUAAGGGACUUCUGCGACACUGGCCGACUCAACGUGAUCCAGGAUGUGGGCAAGAGGCUGGGUUUGGACACGGGGAACGUGACGUCCCUUUGGAAGGACCAGGCGGCCGUGGAGAUCAACAUCGCCGUGCUGCACAGUUACCAGAGCGACAAGGUGACCAUUGUGGACCAUCACACGGCCGCGGAGUCGUUCCUCAAGCACAUGGAGAAUGAGUACCAGGCGCGCGGGGGUUGCCCGGCCGACUGGGUGUGGAUCGUGCCGCCCAUGUCCAGCUCGCUCACGCCGGCCUUCCACCAGGAGAUGCUCAACUACACGCUCUCCCCAUCCUUCCUCUACCAGCCGGCACCCUGGAAAACAUGGAAGUCAGCAAAUAAGAAGAAAGUGAUCAGUUUCAAGAAACUGGCUGAGGCCGUCAAAUUCUCGGCAAAGCUGAUGGGACAGGCUAUGGCGCGGCGCGUCAAGGCCACGGUGCUGUAUGCCACGGAGACUGGGAAGUCACAGGCGUACGCCAAGACGCUCUGCGAGAUCUUUCUGCAUGCGUUUGAUGCCAAGGUAGUGUGCAUGCAAGACUACGACACGGUGGACCUGGAGCACGAGGCGCUCGUUCUGGUCGUCACCAGCACCUUCGGCAAUGGGGACCCCCCCGAGAAUGGGGAGAGGUUUUCGUCCACCCUGAUGGCCAUGCUGCAGCAGCACUCGACGGCAGAAGAACAGCCCAAGAGCUACAAGGUUCGCUUUAACAGUGUGUCCUCAGGGAAAGACGUGCCCCCUUCCUCCCAGGAGACCAUUGGCAGCAGCACCGGCGGUGGUGCUGCCGGUGGUGAGCGGGAGCGGCUGCAGAGUGCGGGACCCUUGGCCAAUGUCAGGUUCUCGGUGUUUGGGCUGGGCUCCCGUGCCUACCCUCACUUUGCGGCGUUUGGCCACGCAGUGGACGCACUGCUCGGAGACCUGGGUGGGGAGAGGAUCCUGCGAAUAGGGGAGGGAGACGAGCUGGGGGGGCAGGAGGAAGCAUUCCGCACCUGGGCGCGCCGCGUCUUCCAGGCUGCAUGUGACGUGUUCUGCGUCGGAGAUGACGUGAACAUGGACAAGGUGGCGAAUUCCCUGGUGCGGAGUGAGCGUGCAUGGCGCCCUGACCGUUACCGCCUCGUGCCAGCCAGCGAGGCCCCCGACCUCAUCACAGCUCUCUUUAAGAUCCACAAGCGGAAGAUUUCCUCGGCGCCGCUCAUUUCCCGGGAAAAUCUGCAAAGCAGCAACUCCAGCCGAUCCACGGUGCUGAUUCGUCUGGACGUGCACGGUCUCCCGGAGCUGAGCUACGAACCGGGCGACCACCUGGGUGUGUUCCCGUCCAACCGGGACGAGCUGGUGCACGAGCUGCUGGCGCGACUCCAGGACGCAUUGCUCGCCACACAGACCGUGCUCCUGCAGGUUUCCCGGGAGCACGACACUCCCUUCGGCACGGUGAGCGAGUGGCAGGCUGAGGGGCGGCUGCCCCCUUGCUCGCUGGCGCAGGCUUUCUCGCACUUCCUGGACAUCACGACGCCCCCGUCUCCACAGCUGCUGCUCCACUUCGCGGGGCUAACCGACGACGAGGAAGAGCGCAAGCGCCUGCACUUCCUUGCCAAGGGUCAGCAGGCCUACGAGGAGUGGAAGUGGAGGGGCAACCCCUCGGUGCUGGAGGCGCUGUGCGAGUUUCCCGGCGUGCGCGUCCCCGCCUCGCUGCUCGUAUCUCAGCUGCCGCUGCUGCAGCCGCGCUACUACUCCAUCAGCUCGUCCCCACGCACGCAGCCCGGACAGAUCCACGCCACCAUCGCUGUGGUCUCCUAUCGCACGGACGGGGAAAAUGGACCCCUGCAUCACGGCGUCUGCUCGUCCUGGUUCAGCCACAUUGAGCCCGGGCACAGUGUGCCCUGCUUCGUGCGCCCGGCCCCGGGGUUCCGCCUGCCCUCUGACCCCAGCCUGCCCUGCAUCCUGAUUGGUCCCGGCACGGGCAUCGCUCCAUUCCGUGGGUUCUGGCAGGACCGGCUGCACGACAUCGAGCACCGAGGUGUGCAUCCGUGUGGGAUGAUGCUGCUGUUUGGUUGCCGGGAGAGGGACGUGGAUCAUAUCUACCGUGACGAGACGGAGCUCGCACGCAGCAAGGGCGUCUUCUCCGAGGUGCACACGGCGUACUCACGCGAGCCCAGCACCCCCAAGAUGUACGUGCAGGACCUCCUGCGCGAGCGCUUGGCUGCCCAGGUGUUCUCGGUGCUGCAGGAGAGGGGUGGGCACCUGUACGUGUGCGGCGACGUCACCAUGGCGGGCGACGUCCUCAAGACGGUGCAGCAGGUGCUGAGCCGGCACGGAGACAUCUCGCUCGAGAAGGCCGGGCAGAUCGUGAGCCGCCUGCGGGACGAAGGCCGCUACCACGAGGACAUCUUCGGCGUGACCCUGCGCACGUUCGAAGUGACCACACGUCUGCGAUCAGCGUCUAUCGCGCAGAGUGACAAGGAGCACGAGGAGCAGGUGCAGCGUGAAAACAACCUUGCUGAUGCAAAAUUCCAAAAACCUAAUUAACGAUCGGAGGGGCUAAUGCCGCUUUGUGUCUCACAGGGUUUUCUCGUAAACACGAAUCUUCGCCUGUGAACAUCACCUGUGUGAGCUGGAGCAGGGCAGAGGAAGCUGCUGUUAUCACAAACAUCUCACUCACUACCUAACCCGGGGACAUUCCAAACUUCAGUCUUCACAUCCCAUUGCCACAGUCCAGGUUUUCAUGUUUACUCAUUGUUAGAACAUGUGCAGGUGCCCCGAUUAUUGGAAUGUGACGCCAGCACGUGAUGAUAAUGCACCAGUGCUGGGCUCCUACCAGGGCAGUUCUACUAGGAAGCUGGUGGGCUGUGUGCUCUGAUCUUCUAGAGAAAGAUGAUGAAGCUACUGCCAGCGCAUUCCAUUUUCUCACUGUGUCUCUAUGUAAGUCAAUGGGUCUCUUUGUGUGUCUCUGGGUUUACGUGUUAGUUUAUGUGAGUCCAUAGCAUUUAGCCAUCACAUUCCCUUUACUCAAUCCACCUGCACGCGUGGACUUUUAUUUUGUCUCGACGAACUGAAGCAACUAAAUUAUUUUCAUUGUAAAGCACACAGCCUAUACACCUGCACAGCUAGAAGCCUCUACCACUUUGCAUUCGUGCCGGGUUGCAGUGAUACGAAUAAAGAGUUAAUUCUAUCUCAUUUCUAAAUUACAUGCCUUCUUUAUAUGUGAACAAUUUAGUAAGUCUUGCAGAACAUCAACCUUCAAGUAUGUGUGGAUGUAUUUGGGGAGCGGUGGUGUGUAGUGGUUAGCGCACUACACUCUGAACCUGGUGACCUGAGUUUUAUUCUCAGCCAUGGCUGCCCUAAGUUGUUAAAAUUAGUAACUGGUGCAGUGUAUAAACAGGACUGGGGAAACAAAGGCGGCCAGGCAAGGUGUGGCCACCAUCCCCUUGUUCACACUGGCCUUAAUACGUGCUCGUUAACAGCACUUGCCCCAACAGUCUAGUAUAUGUUAUAGGGGGAUCUUUAUCUUUGUAGGUGUGUGUUAUUUGUCAUAAUUAUUGUACAAAGUCCAGCUCCUACUGGCACAGGUGAGGCCCAAUAUAACAUUAAUUAAUCAAAGCAGUAUGUACUUACUCACUGCCUUGGUACUUUCGUUGUUACAAAAGAAAACCUGUCACCCUGGUCUGCAGUAAAUUCUUGAUUUUUCAUCGAACAAAUUGGGCUAAUCUCACGUUGGUAACGGUGUUUGUUGUUUUUGCAUUUUUGUCUUUUUAUAAAAAAUACAGGAAUAGUUUCAUUGCAUUGUGAACAUUUGGCACAAUGUCGCAUUUUAAAAUGUAACGUUGGGGCUUUCAUUGUAAAUGGAUAUAUAGCAGAACUUCAAAAAAUCAGCGUGACAAUAAUCUGCACCCCCUGCUACCGUGACCACUCCUAUAAUCUGUCGGGGCGGAGAUUCUAAAAUCCAAAUCCACUCACAUGAGCCCGAACCCACGAGUUUGUCUCCAAUUUAUACCUACAGCCUGUCAACAAACUCUCAAUAAACUUUACAGUGUCCAUCCAACACAUUUUGAGGAUGUCUAUAUUCCGUUCGCCAGAUGACACGCGACAUCACCGCAUUUACUGAAGUUCUACUGUAAAUCCAAAAUAACUUUUAAGGAGUUUGCCAAAGUUUCUGUCACAGUAUAUUUUUGUGUCGGUCGUAGUGCAACAUUUAAGCGUCAAAUAUAUUCGUAGGCCUCCGAGUUGACCAAAUUCAGGUCUCGGGAUUUGUGCUGCUUUGCAAAUGUUACAAAAUUAUAUCUGUGCAUGGCAUCUGUGUGUUCGUUUAUGCAACCAUUUGUUAUUUGUUACAAGUGCUUUAUUAAAUGAAGAUAUACUCCA